UCCCACAAAGCGCCUGAUCUGCAAAUCCAUUACGAUAUAAAAGUGAUUCCGAUUCGACAGAUGCUCCAAAGUUCCAUCCAUUUCAGGGAUUUUGGCGUUUCUUGAUCAGAAAGUUUGGAAGAUUUGUUCUGUCUUGAGGAAAGGAUCCUAUCGGACUCCCCUGCAGUUUUUAUUGUCGUGGAUUGGGAGGAUGGUGAAGAUCACGGCGUUGCUGGUGCUGAAAUGCUCCCCGGAAGGCUCGGAUCCCGUUAUAUUAUCGAACGCGUCGGAUCUAAGCAGCUUCGGGUUUUUUCAACGCCCCAGCGUCAGGGAGUUCAUUGUUUUCGUGGGUCGGACCGUAGCCAAACGGACGCCGCCUAAUCAACGGCAGUCGGUGCAGCAUGAAGAAUACAAGGUUCAUUCAUACAACCGAAAUGGUUUGUGUGCAUUGGGUUUUAUGGAUGACAACUAUCCUGUCCGAAGUGCAUUUUCAUUGCUUAACCAGGUCUUGGAUGAAUAUCAGAAGAACUUCGGUGAUUCAUGGAAAACUGUGCAAGCUGAUACUACUGAACAAUGGCCCUAUCUAAGCGAGGCAGUAACGAAAUUUCAGGACCCUGCUGAGGCUGACAAGCUGUUGAGAGUUCAGCGGGAGCUGGACGAGACUAAAAUUAUUCUUCACAAGACUAUAGACAGUGUCCUAGAAAGAGGUGAGAAGCUAGACAGUUUGGUUGAGAAAAGUUCUGAUCUCAGUGCCGCUUCUCAGAUGUUUUACAAGCAGGCAAAGAAAACAAACCAAUGCUGUACCAUCUUGUAAAUGCUUUGGUAGCAAAGAGUUCAGUUGAGCUAUCACACCAUACAGCUACGUUCCUCCAUUUUCAACUCAUGAAGUACAACAGAGCUGUUUAUAUUAUACACAAACACAUAUAUCUAUAUAUGCAUAUAUAUUAUAGUUUUUGAUUGUAUGGCUUAAAUUUGCAAGAUGCUUGUGUUGUGUGAUUUUAGUUUCAUCUUAGUUGGAGCUGAUUGAUAUUAAGAUGGGUGUUAUAUCAAAUUGAGUUACCAUUCAAUUGCCAUUCGUAAA